AUGACCCUGCAACCAUUAACUCCAGUGAACUGUGCAGGCCUUUUACAGCCUGGAUGCUCUCUGCUGCAGCUGGAUGGUGAAGUUCUCCUGUUUGGCCAGAAAGGCUGGCCCAAGCGCUCUUGUCCAACUGGAGUAUUUGGGGUGCGGUUUAAAUGUGGUGAGCUUAAGUUGAGGGCCAUCUCGUUCUCCAAUGACUCUUGCUACCUUCCUCCAUUACGCUGCCCUGCUGUUUGCCGCCUUGACCCGUAUGAUGGGCUUCCAGAGAGUUAUCUCAUCCAUGGUGGCCGCACCCCAAAUAAUGAGAUCUCAUCAAGCCUGUAUAUGCUGACCAUGGAUAGCCGUGGCUGCAAUCGCAAACUCACUCUACGCUGCAAAGAGAAAGAACUGGUAGGGGAAGUGCCAGCGGCCCGAUAUGGCCACACUGUCAGUAUGGUUCAGAGCCUCGGGAAGACGGCAUGUGUAUUAUUUGGCGGAAGGUCCUACAUGCCGACAGGAGAACGGACCACGGAGAGCUGGAACAGUGUUGUCGACAGUCCCCCUCAGGUGUACCUGUUUGACCUGGAGUUCGGUUGCUGCUCUGUUCACACUUUACCUGAGCUCAGUGAUGGACAGUCUUUCCAUUUGGCCCUUGCCAGAGAGGACUGUGUCUACAUCCUUGGGGGUCACUCACUCACCUCUGACUCCCGCCCACCUCGACUGUUCCGCCUGCGUGUUGAGCUUCUGCAGGGCAGUCCUUUGCUUUCCUGUGAGGCCUUAGAAACUGGUAUAUCCAUCUCUAGUGCCAUCAUAACUCGUACAGGUCCCAGUCAUAAAUAUAUUAUCUUAGGGGGGUAUCAGUCAAACUCUCAGAAGAGGAUGGAAUGCAGCAUCGUGACUCUGGAUGAAAAAGGGAUUCACAUUGAGCCCCUGGAACCACCCAAGUGGACUCCAGAUAUCAUUCAUAGUCGAACUUGGUUUGGCGGCAGUGCCGGGGAGGUAAGCAUCCUCUUAGGUGUACCGACUGAGGGAAGGCCAUCCCAACCAGAUAUGCACUACUUCUAUCAAGUGAAGUUUGCAACCAAGGGAGAAGGCAAAGAGGAAGAAGGAACCCAGGGCUGCAGCCAAGAGUCGACAGAUUAUGAAGACUCUACUCCUCUUGAGGAUUCUGAGGAGCUCUACUUUGGUCGUGAGCCUCAUGAACUGGACAGUAGUGACGGAGAAGAGGAUACCUACAAUGAGGAGGAUGAGGAGGAUGAAUCGCAAACAGGCUACUGGAUCAAAUGCUGCCUUGAUUGUCAGGUGGACCCCAGCACAUGGGAGCCUUAUUACUCCACUGAGCUCCACCGGCCAGCCAUGAUCUUCUGCUCCAGGGGGGAGGGGGGGCACUGGGUCCAUGCACAUUGCAUGGAGCUGUCUGAGACCCUGUUGGUCAAGCUCUCUCAGGGCAGCAAAAAGUACUUCUGCCUGGACCAUGGAGGCCUGCCUUACCAGGAGAUGACCCCACCUCGACAGGUUUUGCCCUUGAAGCGCACCCCCAUGAAAGUAAAGGACAGAAAAACUCCUACACCAAUCAAGAUGUCUCCUGCCAAAAAAAGCUUUUUCAGAAGGCUUUUUGACUGA